AGCUGUCCCACUCGACAUCCCGAGCACUGAUGAGAAGAGCAACCCUAAGGCGUCUACUCCCUCCCGCCGCAGUGUAUCUCCAUCCUAAUCCACCUCUACGUCCGUACAGAAAUGGCGGGUCAAUCUUUAAAUUCUCAGAACCUGGCCCCUCACCACGUUUCUCUUCAAAAUCCAGGUGGUUCUUGGCCACCUCUCUUCCUCCACCUGAAUGGGUGGAACCCUUCAACGAUGUCUCUGAAGUAGUCUCAACCCGCCAACAACUAGAGCCAUCUCCUUGGGUUGCCCAAAUUCUCAGCCUCCUGGAUGGAUCCUUGGCCAUGGAGGCCAACUUAGACUCGUUCUGCCACAAGUUCUUGAUCAGGUUGUCCCCUAGCUUUGUUUCAUUUGUUUUACAGUCUAAUAAACUUUGCGAAGAUCCCGGUAUUGCUUUGCGCUUCUUUUAUUGGGCCAGUAAGCAAAAGAAUUACGCCCAUAGUAUUGAAUGUUAUGUGUCUUUGGUUGAACUUUUUUCUUCAUGGGGUAAUAUAGAUAGGAUUGCGAGCGUUUUAAAGGAGUUCAAGGAAAAGGGUUUUGUAAUGACGUUGUCAGCGGCUAAUUCUUUGAUUAAGAGCUUAGGGAGUGUGGGAAUGGUUGAGGAAUUGUUGUGGGUCUGGCGUAGACUGAAGGAGAAUGGGAUUGACCCAGGGUUGUACACGUAUAAUUUCUUGGUGAAUGGGUUAGUGAAUUCGAUGUUUAUUGAGUCGGCCGAACGGGUUCUUGAGGUAAUGGAAGGUGGGAGAGUAGGACCGGAUGUUGUGACGUAUAAUACGAUGAUUAAAGGUUAUUGUAAAGCAGGGAAGAAGAAGAAGGCCAUGGAGAAGUUGAGGGAUAUGGAGUUGAGAAAUGUGGAGCCUGAUAAAAUUACCUACAUGACUUUGAUGCAGGCAUGCUAUAUGGAUGAGGACUUUGAUACUUGUUUGGGCCUUUAUCAUGAAAUGGAAGAAAAGGGGAUGGAAAUUCCGAGUCAUGCAUAUAAUUUAGUGAUUGUUGCGCUUUGCAGGGAUGGAAAGUCUGCAGAAGGACAUGCUGUGUUCGAAAGUAUGAUUCAGAAAGGUUGUAAAGCGAAUGUGGCUAUUUAUACUGCUCUGAUUGAUUCUUAUGCAAAAAUUGGGAACAUGGAACAGGCAAUAAGGCUUUUUCAGAGGAUGAAGAAUGAUGGGCUCGAACCGGACGAGGUUACUAAUGGGGUUAUUGUUAAUGGGUUGAGUAAGAGUGGGAGAUUGGAGGAAGCUGUGGAGUAUUUUGAAUUCUGUAGAGGUAAUGGGCUGGUGGUUAACGCUAUGUUCUAUUCUAGUUUAAUUGAUGGUCUUGGAAAGGCUGGGAGAGUGGAUGAAGCAGAAAGGCUUUUUGAAGAAAUGGUUGAGAAGGGAUGUCCGCGAGAUUCAUAUUGCUACAAUGCCCUUCUUGAUGCCUUGGUUAAGGGUGGGAAAAUUGAUGAAGCAUUAGCUCUCUUUAAGAGGAUGGAAGAGGAAGGUUGUGAUCAGACAGUCUAUACAUACACAAUACUUAUCAAUGGACUGUUCAACGAGCAUAGAAAUGAAGAGGCAUUGAAGAUGUGGGACAUGAUGAUCGAUAAGGGUAUCACGCCAACUGCAGCAUCUUUCAGGACUCUUUCAAUUGGCCUUUGUCUGUCAGGCAAGGUAGCUAGGGCGUGCAGGAUAUUGGAUGAGCUGGCUCCAAUGGGUAUUCUUCCCGAGACAGCUUUUGAGGAUAUGAUCCAUGUCCUGUGCAAAGCUGGCCGCAUCAAGGAAGCGUGCAAGCUGGCUGAUGGGAUUGUUGAUAGGGGUAGAGAAAUACCAGGGAGAGUUCGUACUAUUCUAAUCAAUGCCUUGCGGAAAGCAGGCAAUGCAGACUUAGCAAUAAAGUUGAUGCAUAGUAAGAUUGGAAUUGGAUAUGAUAGAAUGGGCAGCAUUAAAAAGCGUGUGAAGUUCCGGGUUCUGUUUGACAAUUGAGGGUCUGGUUGGUAACUGAAUUAUUUUUAGAAUAUUUUACUGCUGUUUAUAUAUAAAUUAUUUACAGACGAGAGAUAUUCUUAGCAUUGGAGCCGAGUCUUUUGCCAGAUUUUUGGUUUAUGUUCUUGGAAGCAGUUUUCCUGAUGGCUAUGUAAUUUGAAAGCUAACAUCAAAUUGUUAACUGUGUGAAGAUGUGGAGCUGUUGUUGACUAUCCAGUUUGUUUUGUACUUUUAAGGAACAUAUCUUCCCAUAAAUGGUUAAAUGCCUAAAAGUUUCA